AUGCAAGGUUGGUACCUCCACCAGAUACGCACGGCCACUGCCAGCACCCCCACUGUGACGCACCCCUCCCCCCCAUCCACCUGCUCACUCCCGGCGGCGCAAGGUGGUGCGAAGCUGCUGGUGGCACCUCGGGCACAAGGGCCGAGGGUGGUGGCGGGCCUGAACACCGAGGGCGAGGUCAUACGGCGCGUUGUGGCAGCAAACAACCACUGCCUGUUCACCUCGCUGGGAUAUGUGCUGGAGGAUCACAACCGUGAUGCGGGCCUCAAGCUGCGGCAGGUCAUAGCCGACGUGGUCAAGAGUGACCCAGAGACCUACAACGCCGUGUUCCUGGAUCAAUCCAACGAAGACUACGUCAAGUUCAUUCUCAACCCCGAAAGCUGGGGCGGCGCCAUCGAGCUCUCGAUUCUGUGUAAGUACUACCAGACGGAGAUUGCGGCUGUGGACGUGCAGAGUCUGCGUACCGACGUCUACGGCCAAGGCGAAGGCUAUCCCGAGGCACGGCCGACCUUGGCUCCCAUGGGCAGGAACGACUUGACAUUGCUUGUGAUUAAUCGUCUCUUCACCGAGUCUUGCUCCUCUACGAUGGCAUCCACUAUGGUAUGUACUCGCUAG